AUGAUCAAAAUCCUUGAAGUUGGGCUCCCAGAUGAAACGGGUUUAGGACACAAUUUCGGUGUGAUGAAGGAGAUUUCCAUUUGCAUCGGUGAGGGUUACGCCAAUCGCACGCUCAAUUCUGAUACCAUCGAUGAGAUCUUUGAUCUCCAAAACUCUAAUCAGUUUAGUGAAUGUAGCCAAAACCCUGAUGGAUUUUAUAGACAAACUUGCAUGGGUUUUCAGAGAAAUUUAAGUGGCGCUUAUGGGCAGAGCUAUUCCAUGGGUGAUUAUGGUUUCCAUCGUGACAGCCAGUAUAACAUCAAUGGGUCUUAUAAUCAGAAGACUAGUGUAGCGAGUUUUCAAAUCUCAAAGAGGUGUUAUAGUGGCAUAGUAAAUUCUCAAGUACCAUGUUACUCUCAACCUAAUGAGAAGUCGGAUAAAGCUGGUGAGCAAAAGGGAUUACUUGAGGAGCUUAAUGCUAUAUGCAUGGAUCAGAAAUUAAAAGAAGUUGUGGAGUUUUUGGGUUUAGCUGAACAAAGUAUCAGUUGA